AUGGCGCUGACCUCGGGGGAGCUCGGUGCAGAGCUGCAAUGGCUGCUGGAGUUUGCAGACACUGACCUGGUCAUUGAGGCCAUCCUUCAUCAUCUCGCAGGCCAAGAAAUGGGUCACGACGUACUUCUCCUUCGCGGUGCUAAGUCGCCCUCGGUGUCUGCGGGCCAACGGCGGCUACUUUUCCUGGGUGAAGACGAGUUCGGGGGCACCACGGCCUUUGAGCUGCUGAAGAGCCUCAAGGAGAAGUUGAACCUGCUUUGGACACGCACGUUUUCUCCGCUUCGCACCGGCUUCGCCAAGGAGGGUCCCGAGAAUUACGGGUCCAAUGUGGCGGUGGUCGCGAGGCCGGAGAUGCAGAAGAUGCUCAACGACCUAGCACCGAACACCAGCUACAAGGUCCUGGAGAAGGUGCUGCGAGAGAUUGACGGUGACGAUGGGGACGGGAAGUACACCACGCCCGAGUUCGUGACCUGGCUCGUGGGUAAGGGCCGGAAUGUGCACACCCAGACGCACCUCUUGCGUUCCAUCGUGGCGGCCACCGGCGACUCCUUAGGCGCUCGAGUCAGCGAGAUCUUCGACCGCUUCGAUGUGGAUGGGAGCGGAGUACUGGAACGACAUGAGCUCAUGAAGGUGUUGCGAGUCCUGGACUCCGAGAUCACCACAUCAGAGAUCCAGCGAAUUCUACAAGAGCUGGACAAGAGCAAGGACGGAAAGGUCUCCUAUAAAGAGUUUUUGUCCUGGCUAAAGGAAGGAGAAGUUGUUGCACGAAAGUUGGCCAGUAAGUUGAAAGCUGUCACCGGCCCCAUGAGAGAGAAGCGGGUGAAGGAGGCCUUCGACAUGUACGACUUGAGCGGCGAUGGGUUCCUUGACAUGGAGGAGAUGCGGAAUGCCAUGGGGAAGAUGUUCCUCUUCAAUCAGGAAGAGGUGCACAAGAUUUGCAAUGACUUGGACACCAGCAACGAUGGGGUCAUCUCCUACAAGGAGUUCUCCAAUUGGAUGAGACGAGGGACCGGGUCCAAGGAAGUGCUCAAAGGGAAGACAAUCCUGGCACCAGCCUUGAGCUCAGCAUGGCUCAGCAGGUCUUACUGUAUGUUCUUGACUCACAAGUGA